AGGAUUAGGAGAAGGAAGAGCGACGCGCGCGCGCGCGCGUGCGAUCAGGUGACGCGGUCGUCGGACGUUUUCGGGUCUCCUCGUCUCCCCUCGGGGAGGGCCCCCCCCCCUUUACCGUACGCGCCGAAGAAAUCGGAAUAGUCGGCGCUUGGCAUUCGCGCGGGUCGUUUCGUUUGUACGUGUGUGAGUGUGUGAGCGUGCGUGUAUGUGUAAGUGUCUCUACGCGCGCACGGACAAGCUCCAUCUCCUCGCCUCGAAGCUAACGGACACUUUCGGAUUCCUCGUCUUAAGAUAUACAGAUGUAUACCGUGGCGCGAAGAAUACUUUCCAGUGUCUCUCCGAUCUGUCGUAAGUGACGUAAGAUACGAUAUCGAACGAAAGGAAGGAAGGAAGGAAGGAAGGAAGGAAGAGACGCUGCGAGUGACGUGUUGAUGAAAGGGUAGAGGUAAAGAGAGGAUCGAGAGCAACAGCAUCUUCUUGAGACGAGGGGCGACUUGAGACGAGUCGGUGCGCAUCGCGCGAGUUAUUUCGACAAGAGUGCGUGCUAUCUGACACUGACUUGCGCCGAGAGAGUCGCGCUAAAAUUGGAUAUCUUGGUCGCGCCGAGUUUUCGUGCAGCUGACCGCGCCAACCGGACGACGAUGCACCACGUCGUGAGGUCUCUCCGCGGACGAUAACGAAGGGGUGCUGGAGAUGGCGGCCACCGAGAGCACGAUCCGAUUUAGUGGCCACACGUUGGACAAGGCGACCAAGGCCAAGGUAACGUUGGAGAACUAUUACAGCAAUCUGAUAGCGCAACAUAUCGAGCGGAAGCAGAGGCUGGCGAAGCUCGAGGAGUCCCUCAAGGAUGAGGGCCUUUCGGAGCAGCAGAAGCAGGAAAAGAGGCUGCAGCAUGCCCAAAAAGAGACCGAGUUCCUUCGACUCAAGCGGUCCAGGCUCGGCGUCGAGGAUUUCGAGCCCCUCAAAGUCAUCGGUAGAGGUGCCUUUGGCGAGGUGAGACUCGUGCAAAAGAAGGACACGGGACACGUGUACGCGAUGAAGAUCCUCCGGAAAGCGGAUAUGCUUGAGAAGGAGCAAGUCGCGCACGUCAGAGCGGAGAGAGAUGUUCUCGUGGAAGCGGAUCAUCAGUGGGUCGUAAAAAUGUACUACAGUUUCCAGGAUCCUAUAAAUCUCUAUCUGAUAAUGGAGUUUCUGCCCGGCGGUGAUAUGAUGACGCUGCUCAUGAAGAAGGAUACGCUUUCCGAGGAAUGCACGCAAUUUUAUAUUUCCGAAACGGCGUUAGCGAUCGAUUCCAUACACAAAUUAGGUUUUAUUCAUAGAGACAUCAAGCCAGACAACCUGUUGCUGGAUGCACGGGGCCAUAUAAAACUCUCUGAUUUUGGGCUGUGCACGGGUCUGAAGAAGUCGCACAGAACUGAUUUCUACCGAGACCUGAGUCAAGCGAAACCUUCCGAUUUCAUGACAUCAUGUGGGAGUGGAAGCGGCGGUGCAAUGGACAGCAAAAGAAGAGCCGAGAGUUGGAAAAGAAACAGGAGAGCUCUGGCUUACAGUACGGUUGGCACUCCAGAUUACAUCGCACCGGAAGUAUUCCUGCAAACAGGUUAUGGACCGGCUUGCGACUGUUGGUCCCUGGGAGUUAUUAUGUACGAGAUGCUUAUAGGCUAUCCGCCGUUCUGUAGCGAAAAUCCACAGGAGACGUAUAGAAAAGUAAUGAACUGGCGAGAAACGCUCGUAUUCCCGCCGGAAGUUCCCAUUAGCGAAGAAGCUAAAGACACCAUUAUCAGAUUUUGCUGCGAAGCCGACAGAAGAUUAGGGGCGCAACGAGGCAUUGAGGAGCUCAAAUUGGCACCUUUCUUCCGUGGUGUCGAUUGGGAGCACAUCAGGGAAAGACCGGCCGCCAUACCGGUCGAGGUGCGAUCCAUCGACGACACGUCCAACUUCGACGAGUUUCCAGACGUGAAACUGGAAAUACCGUCCGCGCCAAUGCCACAGGACGGCGAGGUAAUAUACAAGGACUGGGUAUUCAUCAAUUACACUUUCAAGCGCUUCGAGGGUCUGACGCAACGGGGCACACCGACCAAGAAAUAGCAACCCCUCACUUCCUGCUCGAUCAUCAGCACCGUCGCCAAUCAGCAGCCGGCUGAUAUGAUCGAAAUUCCGGCCUUGGUACAUCAUCCUCAUCCGCCGUCGUCGACGGCAACGGUGUCGCGCUUGGCGGACGGUUGACCUGUCUCGCUCUCGAGCGCGGUUUGCGAGUCAUUCUUGUAUAUACGUGAUGAUCACGGAUUAAAUGGACGCAACGUUAUCACGAAUAUCAAUGAUUGCGACGACAGCGAGCGAUCACGAACAGCUCGAUCAGCCAGACAGAGAGAUGAACGGUGAAACACACAAAUAUCGCACGCCUUAUGCGUCAAUAACGGUGCGACGCGCGAUAAAGCGACGUAAACGAAGUCUUUCGUUGUGUAACUUACGGUCAUUUUCACAGAAAUAUUCGUCGAGGAUCAUUAUUCCUCACUUUUAUCGUGCCGCGGAGAAGGCGUUUUGUGCAAAGUGUAGCAUAAUAAGCUCUCUGUGGUAAUGGUAUUAAAUGAAAAGGAUCAGAGGGAGCCUCGGUACCGUAGUCUCCUCACAGCUUCACGUACUUCUUAUUUAUCUCCACGACGUGCAUCGGAAUAGUAUUUUAUUGAGGGAAAUGUAUACUCGUUAAAAGUAACGUCUGGCUAAGCUCUCGAAUCAAGCUCUCUUUUUUUUCUCCUCUCUCUCUUUCUCUCUCUCUUUCUCUCUGUUUGAAUGUUGUAUUUAUAAUUAACUUUCUGUGAUAUAUAAAGUUGUUGAAAAUCUCUGCUUUGGACUUUUGUGUCUGUUAGCGGAUGCUGCUACGCUUUUAUCGAUGUUGUAUAUAUAUAUGAGCAAUUGUAUUUUGAUUUAUCCGGAAAAUUUCAGAGUUGUUGGGAUGUAAGUUGCGGUGGAAUUUUAUGUUAUAUAUAUACGUUUUCGCGCUACUUUUGAGAGCUUUGUUCGUUUACGGAAUCAAGAAGUUUAAGCAAUCGACAUGAGGUUUUUCUAAAAGGUUUCUGAUAUGUUUUACACAUUUUAUCGUUAAGUGAUUUUAAUAUUAUAUAAUAGUACUCUUCGGGUACCGAGUCUCUCUCUCUCUCUCUUUCUCUCUCUCUCUCUCUCUCUCUCUCUCUCUCUCUUUCUCUAUCUCUCUUUUUCUUGUAAGGCAAUAAUAAACAUUUUUAGUCGUGUUUUGAAUACACGAUAAAGGAUGCUAGGCUUUAAAAGAUACCAUAAAAAGGCGUAAAAAGGGAGGAAGAAAAAUACACUUGUAAGAUUCAGGGCUCCUUCGUUGCCUUAUUAAGGUUCCUAAGACAGACAGCCCAACAAACCCGUACGUUUAAACGUGAAAGAGAUGAGCCAGACAAGCCACUUUUCCGAAAAAUGGAAAAUGAUAAGAAAACGGAAUCGCAGUGUGUUGCGACGAUUUGUAGAAAAUCGCAGACACACACAUACAUAUACAUACACAACCGACACAUCCGUGUGUUUUAACACUCUGUGAAACCGGAUACCUUUCCUUUCGCUUGCACUGUGAACAAUUUUACGAUUUACAUUUCGUAGUUUUGCUGACAUAGCCAGGGCACCUUGGUAAUAAAAUAGCAUAAAAUAACGUUAAAGACUAGGUAACACUUAAGAUAACAAACAUACAUACAUACACACACAGAAGUACCUAUACACUGAAAGAAAGGAAAUGCACGCGUGCGCGCUCGAAACGUAAUUAAAUUGUGGAUAAUAUAGUACAUGUAUAAAAAGAAAAACUCUCGACGCUCUUUCCUCGUAACGUUCCGGCGUGUUUUUACUUAAUAAUCACGCUGCGUUGUACAUUCGACGAAGAGAUUAGUUUCGUAUGACUCUACUCCACCUGCGUAUACAUAUAUAUAUCUCCACGCCAUUUACAAAGCGAAGUCUUCAGAUAGUCUAAUAAAGCAGAGAGCGCCUAGAUUACAUCGUACUACCAGUUAAGCCAGUGAUUUAAACGAAGAGAAAAAAAAGAAACAGAAAAUUAGCCACGAAGAAAACUUAGUAAAAAAAGAGAAAGGUAAAAACUAUUUUCUGCUAAUUAUGCUAGGAGUUAAAUUGACGAGUGUCACGUAAGCGGGGAAAGUUUGGGAAUUAUGGAAUACCCUUAUAGAGUCUCUCCUUGUUGCCGUUGAGUACAGAUAAGCUCUGACGUCCAUGCUACUAAGUAAAAAGAGAAAAAAAAACGAAGAAAUAUGAUGACGCAAUUUAUUUAUUUAAAGAGAAAGUCUAAAUAAAUGAUACAACAAUAGCCACGAGAUGCCUUUGACGCAACAAGUUUCGGGUGCCCUGGAACACAGUGCAUAUAUAUGUAUAGAGGAUAUUCCAAAACUGUCGAAUGUCUUUUUAAGAACAGUUCUCGCUUCUGGAGGCGAUUUUCUCUUGGCGAAAGUGUUGAAGUAACGAAUCAUUCGAGUUAUAACUUUGUUCAAAAACAGGAUUUUUUGCAAAUUAAAUUUCAUGGAAUUAAAAGAUUAAUCAAUUUGUAUUUUUUUAUUUUAAAUUUACUUUUAUAGAAUUUAAAUUUGAAGCUUAAUUACGAAGAUAUAUGAUGAGCAGAAUUGUAAAAAGCGAUAAUCUCCCUCAAUUUUCGCUAAGAAAAAAUCGCCUCCAAUUGAAAGGAUCACUUAUUAAAAGGACACUCGGUAGUUUUGAAACAACCUAUAUAAGUAUAUAUAUGUAAAAAAAAAAUAUAUAUAUAUACAUAGAUAUCUUUUAGCAAAGAAAGAGAAGUGUGUAAUAAAUAAUAUGCGCUAAAUUUAGAUAUUAAAUUAGAUGUGCGCUGAUUCGAAGUCAAGAUGGGUGUAGAUUUUCUUUUCUUUUUUUUUUUUUUUCGAAGACGAAAAAAAAACGUACGUAUUAUGAUAUAACGGAUGAUGACGAGAUGUAUGUACGCACGUAUCGAGCUACUACACAUUCGAUGUAAUUCUGGAGGACAUGCGAGAGGGAAAUCUCCAAGUAGACUUAACGAUAUUGAUUAUCGAUGUACACUGUAAAUAUACGAGGCAACUAAAUGUUAUUAAGACAAGGCAAGGCAGUUUUGAGCUCCGGUGUUUAAUUGGUUACCGUUGUACUGCCAUCUUCGACUCUUUAUUGUCGUAUAUCGCGCAUGAUGAAUCAUAUUACGGGUGUGUUAAACGUACGGUAUAUCAUCCAAUUUCACGUUUUUGCUCGUGUUUAUGCUAGUGUUCUUUUAUCAUUGUACGCGACUACUGAUUAGUUGUUAAUUUACGGUUAAUUUAAAUGAAAGAACCGCGAUAGAUCUCUCCUAGCUAAUUUUUAAUACUAAUUAAGCGUUAAGUCAUUUUUUUUCUCUCGGCAAAGAGUUUUUUCCUUUCCAUUUCUUUUUUUUUUUUUUUUUUUUUUUUUCCGUCGAACAGGAAUCGCUUCCUAGACGACUUUCGACGAUUCCGAUUACGUCUGGAGCUUUUGUUUCUCACGUUCGCUUCCCACUUCUCUCUCUCUCUCUCUUUUUCUUAUAGCUGUCAUUAUUUUCAAGUCCAAUCACGCGAUUCCUUUCUGUCGCGAUAGGAUUCUCGAUCAUGUAAUAUCAUGCAUACACGAUUAAUCACAUGCACACGUACGUAUAUCGAUCGCGUGUGGCAAGGCGGAACAAUCAUCUCUUCGCGUUCGAAUAUCGCUGUUGUUCUUCCGAAUAUUCAAUCGAUACACUUUACGCCUGGAUGAGUAAUAUCUUGAGAUCAUGAAUGCUAAAAUGUCGAUUAAAAAGAUAUAUCCAGAUACACAAAAGUUGAUCAUUGACUCUCUUCUCACUAAGGAUAAAAAAUAAAUAUUAUAUUGCCUUUAAUAGAUUUUAAUGCGAAAAUCAUUUCUCGAAUAAGUUUAUCAUUGAUUGCAUUCUAUGUAUUAUUACUUAUCCAGGGUCAAAGGGGAUCGUAUUGCGUGUGAUGAGGAUCUCCCGAUCGCCUCAUGUGCGAAAUAACGAUUUGCGCAAAAUAUUCUUGGACAAACAUUUUGUAAUAAACGAAAUUUGUGUAAUUGUACAUUUGUAAUAUUUAUUAUUUUACAACGAAAGAUGACGCGCGAGGGCUGAGACGUGGCAAAAUUUAGAAGAAUAAGAUGGGUUUUUCGUGAUUUAUAUUAAUACUGAGAAAAUACAUAGAUCUGUCAUAGUAUCUAAAUUAUAAAGAUACGUAGAAUCAUUGUAAAUAAGUGUAAAAUUUCUCUUGACUUUUCAAAGGAUGUCUAAGGAAAAUGUCUAGACAAUUUUUUUCUCGUCUCUUAUAUCAUCUUAUUGUUACAUUUUAUUGUCUCAAUCCCACUUUACACUGAUGCGCAAAUCGUUGAAUCGCACAUGAGUCACUCGAUGUGCAUUAGCCGAGAAAUCGCAAUAAUACCAGCGUUUUCGCUUGAACAUAACGGAAGCAGACGCGUGUUACGAUAUGCGAACCAAAUGAAUUUUUUUAUCGAAGAUACGAGUGUUAUCUGUCACUGUAACUGCACUAAUGUUCCGUAGCAGCGCGGCUUAAUUCAUUUCGUUUUCACCGUUCGUUUUGUACAGUGAUUUAGCUGAAUUUUAUAUAAGCCAGAUUUAGGAGAUAGCAUUAUUAUAGGUAGAAAUUCUUCACGAUUAAUCCCACUCACAAGCGUAGCGAUAACAGAUUCUCUUAUUGUUAGAUAUGGCCAGUUUCGCGCGUCGUUAGUCUACGGUGACUAGAUAACAUGGUACAAACGAGUGCAAUGAUGCUGCGACGCUUAUUUUAUUCCUAAGUAGACGAUCUUAAUAUUAAAGAGUCGAGUACAGUUUCUGAAAAUGUUUCGGGAGCCCGCGUAUGCCUUGUGGAAAUAUAUCUGAUUUGUAAAAUAAUUAAUUUAUAAAUAUUCAAGUUCCACCUAUCCUUUAGAAAAUAGAGAGCAAAUAAAAUAAAUCGCCAGCUAUUAGACAUUCUUUAAAAAAAAAAAAAGGAAAAAAGAAACGAAAAAAAUAGACAUAGAUAAAAAAUUAACUAAAUAGUUAAAUAUUAAUAAGAGUUGUUUUAGAUCAUUGCUAUAAAUUAGAUGAAAUAUUAGCACAUUAUUUUCUUUACGGAAAACUUUAGAAAUCCGAUGUAAGCUUAGGAGUCACGAUAUAAAAAUGUAAACGCGAUUGCAUUAUUGCACUCGAUUGUGCGGAGACAGAUUUUUCGUCGAGUAAAUUUGUACAACGCGAUAUCCGGCCGUUCCGUUGUUUGCGACUUGCCGUGGAACGUUCGCGCUUAUUUUAAAAGCGUCUACACGCAAAACGAAAAAUCGUCGCAAUUGUUUUCGAGGAUGAAAGGAGAAGGAGGACGUAUCACACAUGCGGCGGAUGAGAUAUAUCGAGUUGCGGAUAUUUUAUAGUAGGCUUGUGAUUAUAAAUUGAGGAAUUAUUGUCGAACGGUCCGAGAUAAAAUAAAAAAUGAUGUAUAAAGAGAAAAAAUAUUGCUUUCCACACGCAGAAUAUACUAUUGUAAUUAUGUCGUUAAUAAAUUGUUUUUUAUUUUAA